CGUACAACAGCAGAAAGAAAAAAAAGGAGAAUACAUGACGCCAAUCCAAAUGCUCUUUUCUUUUCUCUUUCUUCCUCCAAGCUGCGCAUACUUCCUCUUCUUCUUCUUCAUCUUCUUCAGCCUUCAACCUUUUGAUUAUAGCUCACUGCAUACGAAUCUCCUUCCCUACUCAUGGGUUGCUGUGAAUCUUCAUUUCUAGCUGAAAACCACCCGGAAAAAGACCACACCAGACAAUCCCACCCUCAUCAAAACAACCCAUCACCUUCUGUUCUUCUUGACCCUACUACUGGAGUCCCAUCUUUCUGUGAAUUCUCCUUCUCUGACCUCAAAGCAGCCACUAACAACUUCAGCUCUGAUAACAUCGUCUCAGAGAGCGGUGAAAAGGCCCCCAAUCUUGUAUACAAAGGCCGCCUUCAGAACCGCCGCGGGAUCGCUGUUAAAAAGUUUACCAAGAUGGCUUGGCCCGAUCCUAAGCAGUUUGCGGAGGAGGCAUGGGGUGUGGGGAAGCUGAGGCAUAAAAUGCUGGCCAAUUUGAUAGGGUACUGCUGUGAUGGAGAUGAGAGGUUGCUUGUUGCUGAAUACAUGCCUAAUGAUACUUUGGCUAAGCAUUUAUUUCAUUGGGAAAACCAAACUAUUGAAUGGGCAAUGCGAUUAAGAGUAGCCUUCUGCAUUGCUGAAGCCUUAGAUUAUUGCAGUUCUCAGGACCGACCAUUAUACCAUGAUCUGAAUGCAUAUAGGGUUCUCUUUGAUGAGGACGGAGAUCCACGCCUUUCAUGUUUUGGCUUGAUGAAAAAUAGUAGGGAUGGGAAAAGUUAUAGCACAAAUCUUGCCUACACUCCUCCUGAGUACCUAAGAAAUGGAAGGGUCACCCCUGAAAGUGUUAUUUACAGUUUUGGUACCAUUCUUCUGGAUUUGAUAAGUGGAAAGCAUAUCCCUCCAAGUCAUGCUCUUGAUAUGAUAAGAGGAAAAAACAUAAAUCUGUUAAUGGAUUCACAUUUGGAGGGAAAUUACUCCAAAGAAGAAGCAACUGUGGUUGUUGAUCUUGCCUCUCGAUGUUUGCAAUAUGAACCCAGAGAACGGCCUAGUAUGAAGGAUCUUGUUGGAACACUGGCUUCCCUGCAAAUGAAACUCGAUGUUCCAUCCUAUGUAAUGCUUGGAAUUUCAAAAGAUGAGGAAACCCCACCUACUCCUAGGCGCCCUCUUUCCCCAAUGGGUGAGGCCUGUUCACGGAUGGACCUCACAGCUAUUCAUCAGAUCUUGGUUAUGACACACUACAAAGAUGAUGAAGGAACGAAUGAGUUAUCUUUCCAAGAGUGGACACAGCAAAUGAGAGAUAUGCUGGAGUCAAGGAAGCGAGGGGACUUUGCAUUCCGUGAUAAAGAUUUUAAAACUGCCAUCGAAUGUUAUUCCCAGUUCAUAGAUAUGGGAACCAUGGUUUCCCCUACUGUUUUUGCACGGCGCAGUCUUUGUUAUCUUUUAUGUGAUCAACCAGAUUCUGCCCUUCGAGAUGCAAUGCAAGCACAGUGUGUAUAUCCAGAGUGGCCCACAGCCUUCUAUAUGCAGUCAGUUGCUCUUGCCAAACUUGAUAUGCAUAAUGAUGCUUCUGAAAUGUUAAAUGAAGCUACUGCACUAGAAGAAAAGAAGCAAAGAGGUGGGAAAACAUCAUGAGAAUUAUUAAUAAAACCACACACCGAAUGCAUUGUCAAUGAGUCCAAGCCAAAAUUUGUGUAAAAUUUGAGCCCUGAAUUGAUUUUUUUUCCAAAAAAAAAAAAAGAGAGAAAUGUAAUGUAGACAGACUUGUUGCAUUAAUGCAUGAGUAAUUUUCCCUGUUUGUUGGGAAUUAAUUGAGCUAGCUAUGGGUUAUGAUGA